AUGGCCCUGCAGCCAAUUUCAGAGCCCAACUCGGCACCGCAGCAUGUUUCUCAAAGACACAACGAUGAUAGUUACCAAACAUAUCAUGUACUAAAGCCCCUCGUUCAUAGGAAAAGUCACCUUGAAAGUCAACCGUUUGCGCCCAAUAUCACAAAUCACAUCGAGCAAGCGAGACCCAAGAUUCCUCAAUAUAAUCAUUUUGAUCCAAUAGACGAGUCUUUUCUACAACUCGAUUUUUCAUCUUUUCUACUUCCUCCCGGAAUGAAUGAAAAUAGUAAUGAUUGGUAUUCCUUCGACUUCUAUUCUGCUAUACGAGAGACAGGCAAUGAAAUGGAAGAAGUCCUCCAAACUGGAGUUUUAGAUCAGAACCUAUUGAAGCAACAGCACUCCCAGGGAAACAUUGUCCACGCUUCCCAUGAUAUGAUACUCGGUACGGCACUGGGCGACCACGCUUUUUCUCGACCGAGUCACCAUACUACAUCAAAUAAUGAGCAAAAGCCUGUAACCGCCGGUAUCACGCCAAAGCAAUCACCAUCUAAUACUACGCCAAUCGAUGACAACUGGCCUCUCAUGUGGAACCCAUGUUCGACGCACAAAAUAUUGCACGCUGACCCUGUUGAUAUUCCAAAUGGCCAUCGUCUAUUUCGGACUCACAAAACAAGAUUCGAUAUCACGGAACAAACCUUUGCUAGAAUCCAAGCAUUUCUAAAACCACCUACCGGUUGCGAGUCGCUCGAUACUCACAUUGGGACUUUCACGCUCCCGAGUCUACCAGUCAUGAAUGUUCUAAUAGGGUUAUUUUUUGAACACUUCUCUAGCCAGAUGCCAGUCCUGCAUCAUGCUACAGUCGAUAUGAAUACGGACUUACCAACACCACUUCUUGCUGCUAUCAUCAUAAUUGGAGCAACCUAUAGUGGAUUGAGAAAUUCGAGACGGUUUGCUAUUGUACUGAUCGAUAUCGUGAGGUGGCAUAUCCAGGUUUCUAUAGAGUUUGACAACAAUCUGAUGGGAGAUAACAUGGCUAUCUAUGCACAAGCACUCAUAUGUUAUGCUGGCUUAUGGUGUGGUAACAAGCGUGCAUUUGAAAUGGCUGAAUCGGUUCGGGCAAAUUUAAUGAUUUUUAUUCGACGCACUGGGUUUGGAUGCAAUGUUCCUCCGGACACCAAGGAAAAUGAUACCCUUCCACCGAAAAGUCUGAUCGAACUUGAGUGGGAGAGAUGGAUAGCCAAAGAAACCCGAAGUCGAUUAUUUUGGGUCAUUUAUUACAUUGAUCUUCAGUUUCCGACCAUCCUGAAUCUCCCUGCCACGAUAGCCAUUAUCGAAAUUGGCCAUCUGUCUUUUCCAUGCGAUAAUGUCUUUUGGGCUGCCCGCUCUGCUCAUGAAUGGAAGAGAUUACUUGGUACUGCCUCAAUUCCUCCCACGGUCUCGUUCGCGGCGGCAAUGGGGCCGUUUAUUGUGAAUCCGUUAGGAGCUAGUGUUGGUCAAAGACAGGGUCUACCAAGAAUGAAUCUCAACGACUGGGGUGCAUUUCUGGUGUUACUCGCAGUGUCCAACGAACUCUUCGAAUUCUGCCAACUAUCUAAUUUCUUAUCAGCAUUUUCCCAGUCACAAGCCAACGAAACAAACGGUGUCCCCACAAACUCACCCGACAGAAGGAGGACGAAUCCUCUUAUAAUGGAGCGCCGCACUCAACAUAUCGCAUCACUUAACGCCUUCUCUUCAACCUACCUCCCGGUAUCCAAACCAUCCACCCACUUCCAACGCCAAUCCCGAGCAAUCCACCACCUCUCCCUCAUCCUUCUCGAUAUUCCACUUACCACCAUCCAAGGCGCUCUCGGUACCUCCGGACCUACCGGUAUCCCUCCUGCCAUCGCGAAACUCAAAGCUUGGGCUCGUGACGAUCCCUACAAAGCGGAGAAUUGUGCAUUCAACGCUGUCCGCGCUAUCGUCGCGUUCACAUCCGAAGUGAGACCAGGGGGUACCGAAACGACGCCUGAUAUCAUCAUCACUGUUUUCCUUUGCCAUCUUGUGAUUUGGAUUUUCAGUACCCUUUCGGAGAGGCCUUCGUAUAAAAGGUUUAUGGGGAUGGUGAGGGAUGGGGGGCUUGGGAGUACGGUCUUUUGUAGGGAUGUGUUGAGUCGUGUGGAGGGGUUAGACGAUGAACUUGAGAGGAGUGAGAGGGGUGGAAUGGAUAGCAAGAGGAGGGAGGAGGCGAGGGAGAAGGUGGAGCGGAGGAAGAGAAAACUUGUUCUUGAGCAUGGCACGCAGGUUUGUACUCGCUUGGGGACUUGGGGGGCGGCGUUGAAUGUUGCGAUGCUUUUGCAGAAGAGAGCUGACAUGAAAUCUGAGGGACCGGGGAGUAAUGAGGGGUAG